CUCUGCAUGUUGUCUAUAUCAUUGGCAGAGCCUGUAGUCGGAAAGGGGGCUGUGUGACUACGGACUUUGUAUGAAAACACUAACCUGGGACAGACCUUCAGUCAAGGCUGAGAUAGGGGAGGGCUACAUAACUGGGCCUUGCCUUUAUCUUGAACCAUGAUUGGCUCUGGGGCUGGAGCAAGGGCUGGAGAAGAGGCUGGGUCUGCCUUGCAAGCUGGAAUCAGUGGUCCUUCUAAAGCUAGAGUGAAGGUAAAGACCCAGGCUGAGGCAAUGGCUGAGGCAGAACUGAAAACACCAUCAGUGGCCCAGGACAAGUCUGAGGAUGGCAUGAUGGCCAGGACACAGACAGUGACUUACACUGAGGCUGUGGCUUUGACAAGGGACAUAAGCAAGAUGGAAGAUAUGACUGAGACUAGAUUGAUAGCUGAGACUAAGGCAAAUCCCUUAGCAGAACCCAGCAUAGUUCCCCAAACCAAAUCAAAGGUCAUGCCUGUGUCUAGGGUCAGUGCCAUAACCAAAUCUGAAGUCAAGGUUGGUGCUGGCAGUAAGAAAAAUAUCAGGUCCUGUGCCACGCCAGAUGAUAAAGCCUGUAUUAAGCCUAGCCAAGAUAUAAACAAAGAAGCUAGCUUCAAGUCUAGGUCUGGGGAUAAAGCUGAUAUUGGAAUCAAGCCCAGUGAUCAGGAUGAAGAAAAUGUCUGUUCCUGGUUCUGGAAUGAAGAAGAGCCUAGUCUAGGGUCCUGGUUCUGGCCUGAAGAAGAUACUCUUCCUAAAGUUUAUGAGCCCCCACCUAAGGUCCAGGAAAAGCUUAAACCCACACCCAUACCCACAUGUACUACAAAACAAAAAGCUACAGCAUGGUUAAGGGCCAGGUAUAGUGUCCUAGUCCCAGUUGAGGGAGGAGAGCAAUCCUUGCCUCCAGAAGGGAACUGGACCCUGUUUGAGACCUUGAUUGAAACUCCUCUGGGAAUUCGGCCUCUAACCAGGAUCCCACCUUAUGGUGGGCCUUACUUACAGACUUUAGCUGAGAUAAAAAAUCAGAUUAGGCAUAGAGAAAAGUAUGGGCCUAAUCCAAGGACCUGCCGCUGCAAAUCACGUAGCUUUAGUUUAGAGCCUAAGGAGUUUGAUAAACUUGUUGCCUUGCUUAAAUUAACUAAGGAUCCUUUUAUUCAUGAAAUAGCUACAAUGAUAAUGGGCAUCAGUCCUGCUUAUCCAUUUACUCAAGAUAUAAUUCAUGAUGUAGGUAUUACUGUCAUGAUUGAAGACUUGGUCCAUAAUCCCAGUGUUAAAGAGCAUCCUAGAACUUUAAAUAAGGUAGAUGAUAGCUCUGAGUCUUCUGAAGAACCAAAACUGGGAGAGUCAAACAUACAACAGGUAUGCAAGGACAUAAUCUCUUAUCCCUUGAACUCCCCUAUGCAGCUGGCUGGUCUAAAAUUAUUAGCACAACUAAGUGUGAAAUUUGAGGAUCACCGUAUGAUUGUUAAUUACAUUCCAGAUUUUCUCACCUUGUUAAGAAAGGGAAGUGUCAAGACCAAGUUUUAUGUUUUAAAAGUAUUUUUGUGCUUAUCUAAAAAUCAGGCCAAUAUAAGAGAACUGAUCAGUGCUAAAGUACUGUCAUCACUAGUUGCACCCUUUAACAAGAAAGAGUCAAAGGCCAAUAUUCUUAAUAUUAUUGAAAUAUUUGAGAAUAUAAAUUACCAAUUAAAAAAAAAGACAAAGCUAUUUACCAAGGACAAGUUCACUAAGUCUGAACUUAUAUCCAUAUUCCAGGAAGCAAAAGGAUUUAGUCAGAAACUCCAAGAUUUAGCAGAGCACAGUGUUCCUGAGGUGAGAGAUAAAGUUAUACGAUUAGUACUCAAACUCUGAAUAUCAGUAUAUUCUCACAAAAUUGUGAAUAAUUUUUUGUGUUACAAUAUGAAAACAAUAUAUAUAAUUAUAAAUUUAAUACUUUUGCUGUCUAUGUUGAUCAAAGGUGGACAUUUCUUAGGUAUCAACCUUAAGAGCUUGGACAUUUGUUGAUUUUUAUUGUGCUAUAUAAUAUAAAUUGAUAUAUUUUUGUUAUUUCUACAAUGUGACCUGAUUAUGGACCUAUUCAUUCUGAGUAAAUUAUAUAUCUGUACUUUAUAUUGAUAUAAGUGUAUUUUUCUGAGAUUUUAUUUACAUGUUGCUAAUAAAGUUGCAUGCUAAAA